AUGGUGCAAGCGACUCCCUUCCUCCUGGUGCUCAGCCUGGCCCUGCUGGCUCCCGGGCUUUCUGCAAGAAAGUGUGAUCUGACUGGGCUCUGGGUCAAUGACCUGGGCUCCAAUAUGACCAUUGCGACUGUGAAUGGAAAAGGCAACUUUGCUGGCUCCUAUCACACGGCUGUGACAGCCUCCUCGAACAAGAUCCAGGUGUCACCGCUGCAGGGGUCCCAGAAACUCUCAAGCCAGAAGAGCUAUCCCACCUUCGGCUUCACUGUCAACUGGAGCUUUUCAGACUCUGUCACCGUCUUCACGGGCCAGUGCUUCAUGGAUGAGAAAGGAGAGGAGGUUUUGAAGACCACAUGGCUUCUGCGGUCACAUGCGGACAACAUUAACGACGACUGGAAAUCCGUCCUGGUCGGCACCAACGUCUUCAAACGCCCGCAGCUGCGGUCACGGAAGGAGUGA